CCGGAAGUCAAGGUUGGGGAAGUUGUUCGAGGCGGCACCGGAGGGCUCGGUCACGGGACGGAGCGGCGGCGGCGGCGGCGAUGGUGGGCGGCUCCCCCCCCGCGGGUGGGGGAGGGGAGGGCGCCCCCCCGCUGACCCCCCGCCCCCUGACACUCUCUCUCUCUCUCUCUCUCUCCCUCCCUCCCUCAGGCGGCGACGGCGGCGCUGACUCAGGGGCUGGAGCGGGUCCCCGACCAGACCGGCUACCUGGUCAUCUGCGACGGGGCGGUGCUGGCGGUGAGGAGGGGCCUUGGCACCCGGAGGAGGAGGAGGAGGAGGAGACCCCCCUCUGGGCCAGGGCUCCCCUCUCUCUGGGAAGCAGAGCUCCUUAUAUGGGGGGGGGGGAGGCUGUUUAGGGAAGUUUGUAAUGUUUCAUCCUCUAUUGUGUCUUUAAUAUUCGAGUGCGAGCCGCCCAGCCAGAUGGGCGGGAUAUGAAUAAUAAAUUAUUAUUAUUAUUAUUAUUCUCAGCCUGGCCGACCUCGCAGGGCUGUUGUCAGGGGAGAGUUAAAUGCGGGUGGCAAAGCACAUGGGCCGCCUUGGGAUCCCCUUGCAGGGAGAAGAGGCGGGUGGCAGGGAUGCCCCAAGAUGCCUGCUGACAAAGGACUCCUCUUCUUUUUCUCCCUGCCCUGCCAGUCUUCGGGCGACCUGGAGAACGACGAGCGGACGGCCGGGGUGAUCUCGGAGCUGGUGAACACGGCCUGCGCUUUCCGGCUGCCCCGCUGCCCCGAGGUGCCCUUCAGGCGUAUCUCUGGUGAGAAGGGGGCAGACCCCCCCAGCACUCGCGGGCGGGCUUCCUCGGUGGGGCCUCCCUGGAUACAAAGGGGAACGGGGCUGCAUCCCACACUUUUGGUGGGGAAGGUCGGGGAGCCUGGAUACCUCUUGGCCCCGAUUGGCAUCUGCUUUUCUCCCUCCCCCGUGUAGAGUUGAACUCGGAGCUUCCCUGAUGCGCUCUGUUCUUACCCCCUUUCACCAAACCCUAAAGGAGAGCCAGGCGGGUGGUGGGGAGAGCUAGGAUGGUGGGGAAGGAAGGCUCAGCACCCCUCCCCUGAGCCAUGGCACCUGCCUUGCAUGCAGAAGGUCCCAUGGGGGCUCUCUGAUGGCAACUCCAGGUAUGUCUGCGGAGGACCCUAUAGUGGAUUCACUGCCAGUCAGUGAAGACAGAACUGGGCUCAAUGGACUGAAUGGUCUUCCUUGGGAGAAGCACCUUCCUGUCACUGAGCCUGACCUUCCUCAGAGGGAUGUGAGGAGGAAAUGGGGUGACCGCCCCAUCAGUGAAGGAGUGGGGAGCAAGUGAGGUUGUUCUGCAGUGUGCUCUGUGUGGGGCUUCCUUGAAACUGCUGUCGGUGCAGGAUGCUGCAGCGCAAUUGCUGGUAGGAGUGAGGCCUUGUCAGCAUUUAACACUUGUGCUCAGAAACCUGCGCUGGCUGCCCAUUUCCUACCAGGCCAAGUUUAAGGUGGCACAAUUAGAAUGUAAAGCCCUUAACAACUUGGGACUGGUUUACCUGGGAGAUCGCCUGAGCCCACAUGUGCCAACCUGACCACUUAGGCUGGCUACAGGUGCCACAUAAUACGUGCACUGCAGUUGUACGAACUUGAUCACUUAAUGUGGCAGCGCCUAAACUCUGGAACUCCCUGCCUAUGGAUGCUAGGCAGAUGCCUUUAGUUGCACUCUUCUCGAUGCCUGCUAAAAAACAUGCAAAACAAACCCGCCCUGGCGUUCACAGAAUUGAUGCCAGUUUAAAUCAGUUUUUAGUCUAUAUUAACUCUUUGAAAGUUUAAAAUUGCUGCUGUUAAUCUUCCUCAGUGAUAAUAUUAUAUACUGCUUUGAGGUUUUAUUAUAACCAGACUGUGUAUAAAUAUAUGAAAAAGUACAUAAAUGCACUCAAGCACCCUGCUGGGGGUCUCGUCUCUCCUAAUACCCUUACUGGGGUCUCUCUCUCUUUCGUCCCCCCCAGUGGUGUUUGGGGAGCACUCCUUCCUCGUGACCAUAUCUGGUCAGAAGCUGUUUGUGGUGAAGAGGCAGAACAGCGUCCGGGAGCCUGUGAUCGUCUGAACAUGACCUGCCCGCUUCUGCUGUAACUGUGACUUUGGGAGUGGGGGACUCAAGGAGAGCUGGAGUGCAGGAACAAAGCACCUUCUUUUUUGUAUGUGUGUGGGGCUCAUCCCUGUGUUACUGGGUCACAAGAGGGCUGGCGGCUCCUUGGAUGCGUUGUACAUUCUGCUUAAAGGCUUUGUGCCGCUGGGGGUUUGCUCCACAUAGCUGUGGGUGUGAUGGCGGUAUGUGAAAUAAAGUUCUUUGAAAAGAGACAACUAACCUGGUG